ACCGGUUGGCCCCGACUGGUACAGGGUAGAGAGGUGCUUGGGGCGACGUGGGAGGAAAUUGCUUAUCUCUCACUACGCAGGUUUGACAGUUAAAAAAAAGAGUGGAUGGCAGCAACUGCAUGGCUGUACGUUUUAAAUCUAGUGAAUUAUAUUUUACUAGCUAGUAGAUGAAUACUCGUCGGUUGAUGUGAGCAGUCAAACGUUUUAGUACAAAGCCAGCCAAAAUUAGUAUUUUAGCUAAACACAAUUCAAGUAUUACUCAAAGGUCCGCGCUUACUAAGUCGCUAGUUUUUGGUUCAGCUAGCAGUUCGCUAGUUGGUGUAGUGACCGACUUAACGGCAAAAUGUCUUUGAAAUUAAUAAUCGAUCCCUAGCGAACUUCAAAGCCAGGUAAGUUGGGGCUGUAAACAAACCGCGACAAGACGGCAAGAGAAGGGAAGGAGGCGCUCGAAUCGCUCCUUCAGGAUUCAUCCACUGCAUCAUCAAAGAUGGAGUUGGCACUGGCGCAUCCAGCUCUCAAGGCCUUCAUGUGUGGCUCCCUCAGCGGUACCUGCUCCACGCUGCUCUUCCAGCCUCUGGACCUGGUCAAGACGCGCCUGCAGACCCUGCAGAACACCAUGAAGCCUGGAGCUCCUACGGUGGGAAUGAUGACAGUGCUUAUCCAGGUCAUUCGGACAGAGAGCUUCCUGGGCCUGUGGAAGGGAGUGUCACCGUCUUUUGUGCGCUGUAUCCCAGGCGUAGGGAUCUACUUCUCUACCUUCUACUCACUGAAGCAGCACUACUUCCAGGAGGGCCGGGCCCCUAACGCUGGGGAGGCUGUGCUGCUGGGGGCCGGAGCCAGGGCCGUGGCUGGGGUCUGCAUGCUGCCUGUCACCGUCAUCAAGACACGCUUCGAGAGCGGACGGUACAACUACGUGAGCGUCCUGGGAGCUCUGAAGAGCGUGUGUGAGACGGAGGGACCCAGGGCUCUGUUCUCCGGGCUGACGGCCACACUGCUCCGAGACGCCCCCUUCUCUGGCAUCUACGUCAUGUUCUAUAGCCAGGCCAAGAGGUCCCUGCCACUGGAGGUGAGCUCGUCACCCUAUGCCCCAUUGGGGAACUUUGGCUGUGGGGUGAUGGCCGGAGUCCUAGCCUCUGUGGUCACCCAGCCAGCUGACGUGGUCAAGACUCACAUCCAGGUCAGCCCCGCCCACUGGACCACCAAGGACGCCAUUCGCUACAUCUAUAUGGAGCAUGGUCUGAGGGGUUUCUUCCGUGGGGCUGUGCCACGCUCUCUGAGGAGGACUCUGAUGGCAGCCAUGGCCUGGACCGUCUAUGAACAGCUGAUGGCCCGCAUGGGACUCAAGUCCUGAGGAGAGGAGACAGGGAGGAACUGAUAAAGGAGGAAUAUGGGGACUUGUUUUUAUACAAAGCAGCAGUAUGAAGUAGAAGAAAGAGAGGAGGAUGAGAAGGAGUGAAGGAGGAGGGAGAGAGGAGGUGUAGGGACUGUUUAUCACUGCAACUAGCUUGGGAAAGAAAGAGCUGGGUGUCUGUGGCAUGGAAGAGUGUGUGUGUGUUUUACAUGUUGAUGUUUAUGAGUUAUUGUGAAUGUUUGAUGUAUGUCCUUACAUUGUCAAACCUGACCUUAAAUGACAUCCCCUUUUGCUGAGAACUGAACUGAUCCCUCUCUGACUGGGGAGAGCCUAGAGAACUAUCUAUUUCUAUGGGGGAGACCAUAGGAAUGUAUUUAAUAUAUUUAUAUGGGGGAGACCCUCCGACUGGGGAGACCAUAGAGAAUGAUCUAUUUCUAUGGGGGAGAACUUCAGACUGGGGAGACCGUAGAUAAUUAUCUAUUUAUAUUGGGGAGACCCUCUCAGACUGGGGAGACCAUAGAGAAUGAUCUAAUUAUAUUUCUAUGAGGGAGACUCUGCCUGGGGAGACCAUAGAGAAUGAUCUAAUUAUAUUUCUAUGGGGGAGAACCUCAGACUGGGGAGACCAUAGAUAAGUAUCUAUUUAUAUUGGGGAGACCCUCUCAGACUGGGGAGACCACAGAGAAUGAUCUAAUUAUAUUUAUAUGAGGGAGACUCUGCCUGGGGAGACUAUAGAGAAUGAUCAAAUUAUAUUUCUAUGGGGGAGACCCUCUCAGACUGGGGAGACCACAGAGAAUGAUCUAAUUAUAUUUCUACGAGGGAGACUCUGCCUGGGGAGACUAUAGAGAAUGAUCUAAUUAUAUUUCUAUGAGGGAGACCAUAGAGAAUGAUCUAAUUAUAUUUCUAUGAGGGAGACUCUGCCUGGGGAGACCAUAGAGAAUGAUCUAAUUAUAUUUCUAUGAGGGACACCAUAGAGAAUGAUCUAAUUAUAUUUCUAUGAGGGAGACUCUGCCUGGGGAGACCAUAGAGAAUGAUCUAAUUAUAUUUCUAUGGGGGAGACCUUCAGACUAUAACCACUGUGGUUUAGCUCUGGAUACCACUCCAGUGACAGAGACUGUCGCCGACUGUCACCCACUACCACUGUCUAUGACUAUGAAUGACUGGGACUAACAUCUAGGUGUCUCUAACACUCCCAAGACGAAACAGCAGCUUUGAUUGAAUUAGCUCAGAAAGAGGUUAUCCGCUGGCUAAAAGUGUAGUGGACUGGACAAAGCUACCCAGUGCCAUAACCACGCAACAUAUUUACAAAUGACCGGCAGAAUACAUUAUAACAGCACAGUGAUUAUUGUGACCUGUCGACUGACUGAAGGAAAUACUAUAUUUAUUGACUGACUAAAAUAUUUCUUACUAGCUUGGACAAUCAAGACAAUAUUGCUGUGCAUUGAAGCAAAAUACUAGGCUGAUACUUUCUAUACUGCAACUGCACAAUUAGCUACUAGCAACUUGGCAUUGGCAUACUUAGCCAUUUUAAAAUAGUGUACAGCAGGUGUUCUCUAUACCCAAUUCAACUGAGAUCUCAUUUCUAGUGCAUUCCAUUCUGGUUGCAGUGUUGUAGACCGGAUGUGCUUUAUCUAACCAGUAAUGAUAGUCAAUCCCAGAGUCAUAGAUGGAUAAUUGAUUCUAGUCAAUGCCAUUGGAACCCAGACAAUGCAACUCUGGCCCCCAUUGUGCUGUAGCAUUGCGAGACAAUAGUCAACAUCACGAUCAUGUACAUGCAGCUUCAGCAUCACUGCAUCACUGGGCCGGAUUCAGUAGUCACAAAAAGAAAGCAAACCGGGGGGGACGAGCUUAUCUUGUCCUAAAUGACAUGUAAAAUGUUUUUGUUUUUCAAUGCAAAAUAUUUUGCUACGGUGUGCACUAAUGUACACUACCCAGCUAAAUAUAGGAAUCCAUAUCAGUGAUGCCUCUUAUUAGUUUUGUAAAUUAAUAGGCCCAUGUAUUCAGCAUUUUGAGUAGUUCAUUUUUUGGAAGCCCAUACACGUGUAUAUUUCUUAACCCACAGUGUCCAGUGUGCCAUGUCACAGGUAUUAUUUUUUGAACAUGUCAGUUUUAAAGAGAUGUGUUAUAUUUAAAAUUAUUGUUAGAGAUUCAAAAUAUACACUAAGUGAGCGCUACUCAGUAUUAGGAGGGUGUUCUUAAUGUUUGGAAUACUCAGUCUAUAGAGCCUGAAGCUUUGAGGACCAGAGAUGGCUGAGAGAAACUGAUUUAAAUCCAGUACCAUCACUAC